GGGGAGCAGGGCGCCGGGGAUGCUGCCGCCGCCGCUACAGCGGGACGGGGCCGGAUCCGCGUCGCGCUCAGCGAGCGCGGGGAGCAGGGCGGCCCGGGGCGCGGCGGCUGCAGCGGGAGCUCCCUGAGCGCCCGCCCGCCAUGUCCAGGAAGAAGACCCCCAAGAGCAAGGGGGCCAGCGCGCCCGCUGCCUCCGUGCUGCCCGCCGCCAACGGGUCCCGGCCGGCGCGCCCUGGGAUUGCGCGCCCUGGCCCCCAGGUGCGGCCCGACGGGCCCCCGCAGCUGGGCAGGCCCUCGCUUGGCAGCGGCGACUUCUACGACGUCGCCUUCAAGGUCAUGCUGGUGGGGGACUCGGGCGUGGGGAAGACCUGCCUGCUCGUGCGCUUCAAGGAUGGGGCCUUCCUGGCAGGGACCUUCAUCUCCACUGUGGGCAUCGACUUCCGGAACAAAGUUCUGGAUGUGGAUGGCAUGAAGGUGAAGCUGCAGAUCUGGGACACGGCUGGCCAGGAGCGGUUCCGCAGCGUCACCCACGCUUACUACCGCGAUGCCCAUGCGCUGCUGCUGCUCUAUGAUGUCACCAACAAGGCGUCCUUUGACAAUAUCCAGGCCUGGCUGACCGAGAUCCAGGAGUAUGCCCAGCAUGACGUGGUGCUUAUGCUGCUGGGGAACAAGGUGGACUCUGCCCAGGAGCGUGCGGUCAAGAGGGAGGAUGGGGAGAAGCUGGCCAAGGAGUACGGGCUGCCCUUCAUGGAGACCAGCGCCAAAACAGGCCUCAAUGUGGACUUGGCCUUCACAGCCAUUGCAAAGGAGUUGAAGCAGCGCUCCACGAAGGCCCCCAGUGAACCCCGCUUCAGGCUGCACGACUAUGUCAAGAGGGAGGGCCGAGGAGCCUCCUGCUGCACACCCUGA